AUGCAGAGCGAUAUAGUUGAUAGCCUCCGCUUCCGCGGCAUGUUCAUGCGCGAUGAGAGUAUCGGAAAAGCCUAUGAAGGGACGUUUGAAUGGUUCCUCACCGACAAGCGAACAAGACAGCAAGGAAAUGAACAUCCUAUGUUUAGUGAAUGGCUCCGUGGCCCGGGGUCGCUCUUCUGGCUCAGUGGUGAAGCUGGAUCCGGAAAAUCAACGCUCAUGAGACUUAUCUUUCACCAUCCGCAACUCCCCGAGCAUCUGGAACAUUGGGCUUCGUCUGCUCAUUGUAUAAAGGCAGGCUUCUUUUUCUUCGAUCAAGGAUCUUUUCAACUUCAAAGAUCUCGGGAAGGCCUGCUUAGAAGCCUGAUGUAUCAAAUCCUCAAGGAGAGAAUUGAUCAUGUCACGAAAGUCUUUCCUCAAAAGUGGAUGGACUACAAGUCCCAAGGAGCCUCUGUGGAGACCGAUUGGACCUGGACCGAACUCAAACAAGGAUUUAAGAGGCUUUUGACGCUCUUUGAUAAAGACUUACGGCUUUUCUUGUGCAUCGAUGGGUUGGACGAGUACAAGAGGUUUUCAGAGUCAAGUAACGACUAUGGUUCCUUUAUCGACGAGGACGAAUAUACCAUAAUCCAGCACAAAGAUGAUGAUUACCAGGAGAUAGUAGAAUUAUUGUGUGACGCCGCCAGACAACCAGGUGUCAAAAUUUGUGUCUCCAGCAGACCGCUCCUAAUAUUCAAAGACGCUUUUCUGCAUUUCCGCUCCACCGAGUUACACAAAAUAUCAGCCAGGGACAUUACUCUGUUUGUUGGAGACGCCCUAGGAGCAAAUGAUAGCCUUCGGCAGAUGCAACAUGGUAGUACAAAUCUCCAUUCAAUCCUUGUGAAAGAGAUUGUAGACAUGGCAGUCGGAGUCCCCUUAUGGGUUCGAUUGGUGGUCAAUAAAGUUCUAACCGGGGUUCGAAAUGGAGAUAAUCCGCGAGAAAUUAUGGAUAAGCUAAGGUCCUUGCCUCCCGAGUUAUGUGGUGAGAACGGACUAUUCAUGCGGAUGCUUCAAGAAAUCUCUACCGAUUAUCGGCAGCAAGCAGCAGAGAUAUUCAAUCUCGCCCAAUACGCUCGGCUUCCUUUAACCCCAUUGCUCCUUUCUUUUGCCGAUGAAGAUCCCUCUGUAGCCAUUGGCUCGUGGACCGGCGAAACCAUGACUGCGGAGGUUAUUGAGUUUUGGCGGAUUCGCGCCGCUUUGAGACUGGCAAGCAGAUGCGUCGGCAUUUUGGAAGUAGUCGAUUCACCUUCUGGUUCACAAUCAGUACGCCGGGGUUCUUCAGGCGAACGGCCGUCACCGACAAUUCGAUUCAUACACAAAACUGCAAAGGACUGGCUUGCCAAACAAUCGGUUUGGACAACGUUAUUUCCGGACCGGUGUAGACAACACUCGCAACUCGAUAUCAAUACUAAGCUUUUCAUCAUGUUUUGGAAGUUCAUCAAAGCAGCUAGAGGAACCCCUGGCGAAAUUGACGUAGUGGAUGCCAUCCUCGAAGCAAUAUAUUUCGCUAACAGGGCUGAAAAAUCGACAGGAGUUGCGUUGAUUGAUCUGCUUGACAAACUCGAUAGGUCAAUGACUGUCAUCUGGAAAAUUGACCCACACUACCAAAGAACCCGUGCCGAUACUAUGAAUGAUAGUCUUUCAUGGCAUUGGCUACUGGGAGAAAGCAAGCACACAGAACUCCAAGGCCACCUUUCACUCUAUCUCGAGGCUAAGUUGAGUACUGGAGCAUACAAGCUAGGAGACAAAAAGGGUAGACCUCUACUCUUCUAUGCAGCCUUUCCCUGUGAAGGACAAGAUCAGGCCAAUCCAGCUACGACUGAACUCCUUCUCAAAUACGGCUCGAAUCUUAAUGAAGUCUUCGACGGAAGAAGCUCCUGGCAGUUGCAUUUGCAGUGGGCGUACAAUUCAAAAGCCAUCGAAAGAAAUUUUGUGUGGUCAAAGUAUCGGGAUGGCAUAAGGUGGGCCGAGAACACGAAACUUCUUGUCCAGUAUGGCGCAAAUCCCAAUGUUUGGCUUUGGAUUCGGGUUUCAAAGGGAACAAUGGCUUACUCGCCAUUAUUCGUUGUAAUCGAUAUUCUGAGGGGAAACCCCAAGAUGAGGCGCGAAGUGACGCUACAGCUCAAGAAGAAGGGUGGAUACCUCUGCUUGGGCGAAAGAGCGACCAUUCGAUCAAUGUACCGACUGGAUGAACCUGCUCAACGAGCACACGCCGAAUCUGCCAUGCGUAGACGGAACUGGGACGAAAUUGACACCGAGGAGACUUACCCAAAGGUUUGGCGGCAUAUGGAGUUCAAAGACAUGGACGAAAUGAUAACAUAUCAGCAAGACCUUGAAGAUUUGAUAGCAGAACUCGGGCCUGAAGGGAAAACAACACCUCAACCUACUGAAGCAUAG